GUUGAUGGUGCUCUAAGCACGCUCGAAUGAUGCUUGUAAAGCAAACUUUUCCUCUUUUCACGUUUACUGAGAAAAGACCUCGGAAAGACAGCUCCACUUCGAACUUCUCACUUUUCCCAUCUCCCAAAAAGCUCUCUUUAAUGGCGAUUAUCAGAGAGGAAGAAGAGGAAACGAAAACCCUAGUUCCACCUGGGAGUAAAGAAUCGACUAUGAAGAACCCGAAACCUAAAUUUCAAUCUCAAAACCCUUUUCCUUUUUGGUUCUACUUCACACUCGUCUUCUCACUCGCCACUAUCCUCUUCGUAUCUCUCUCUCUUUACUCUUCUCACAACGAUCCCAGAUCCUGGUUUCUCUCGCUCCCACCUGCUCUUCGUCAACAUUACUCAGAGGGAAGAACGAUCAAAGUCCAGGUAAACCCAGACGAAUCACCGAUCGAAGUAUUUGUAGCUGAAUAUGGUCCGAUUCAAUCGGAGAAUGUAAUAAUCCUUCAUGGGUUAGGGCUGAGUUCGUACGCGUUUCGAGAGGUUAUCCAAUCUCUUGGAUCUAAAGGGGUUCAUGGUGUAGCUGUUGAUUUGCCCGGAAAUGGAUUCUCUGAUAAGACGAUGGUAGUGGUAGGUGGAGAUAGAGAGAUCGGAUUUUUGGGUAGAGUUAAGGAAGUGUAUGGUUUGAUUCAAGAAAAAGGCGUUUUCUGGGCGUUUGAUCAUAUGGUUGAGACUGGAGAUUUGCCUUACGAGGAGAUCAUCAAGAUUCAGAACGCGAAACGGAGAAGCUUGAAAGCUAUUGAGUUAGGGAGUGAAGAAACGGCUAAGGUUUUAGGUCAAGUGAUUGAUACUUUGGGUUUAGCUCCUGUGCAUUUGGUUCUUCAUGAUUCAGCUCUUGGGUUUGCUUCAAAUUGGGUUUCUGAGAAUCCCCAAAGUGUUCGAAGUAUAACACUUGUUGACUACAGUAUUAACCCAGCAUUGCCCUUAUGGGUUUUUCACAUACCUGUAAUCAGAGACGUCUUGUUAGGGUUUUCGUUUGCUUUCAAGAAGCUCGUGAGCUUACGUUGCUCAAAGGAGAUGACUUUGUCUCAAGUCGAAGCUCAUAGGAUACUUUUGAAAGGAAGAAACGGGAGGGAAGCUGUUGUUAGUUCGCUCAAGAACGUUAACCAUAGCUUUGACAUUGCACAGUGGGGUAACUCAGAUGCGGUUAAUGGUAUUCCGAUGCAAGUGAUUUGGUCUAAAGAAGUGUCUGAUGUAUGGAGCGAGGAGGGCCAACGUGUAGCUAAGGCUCUUCCAAAGGCAAAGUUUGUCACUCAUUCAGGCAGCCGGUGGCCUCAGGAAAGCAAAUCCAGUGAGCUUACUGACUACAUUGCUAAUUUCGUCUCUGCGCUUCCGAGAUCCAUCAUACGGGUCUCUGAAGGACCUAUACCAGAGAAAGUUCAGAAAAUAUUGGAUGAAGCAAAGGCCGGUGGGGACAAUGACCAUCAUCAUGGCCACGAGCAUGCCCAUGCUGGUUACACAGAUGCUUACGGUCUUGGUGAGGGAUGGACUACUUGAUAUGGUUGGAGUUCUUGAUGCUUGUUUAAGUUUAUUAUGCCCUUUUUGAAAAUAUUAUUUUGUUUGAAUUCUUACAUAUUGUUAUGUAAACCCGUUUCUUUCUUGUAAGUCAGCAAAUUUUCAAUUGGAAAAUCUACAAUUCCAAAAAGUGGUCAGCUAAACAGUCAUCCGAGCGUCUUAAUUUUGGCAAGAACAUUAAAAAUGAUCAACGAAGUAACAAUGACCG